UAUAACCUUUGUGAAUGAAAAUAAAAAAUAAUGGGAGUGGGAGGAUAGGAGAAAGAUUGUGAUUGAAGCGAGAAUAGGAAAUAAAAUAAAGGGGUCAUCAAUUUUUAUAAUAAAAUGCGAUAAUAAAAGGGUGAAAAAAUGUCUAGGGAACAACUUUCCUACACUCUAAGUCGAAUUCCAGGAGAGUUACUAAUUGGUGCGAUUAUUGGAAUUUCUGCCGGUUUUCUUCUUCGCUUUUUUCCUCGACCUGAUGUCCAUUUAGUUCAUUUUACAAGAGUUUUGAUUUUAUUAAGUGUUGGUUCCGCCUUCCAUUUUGGCGCUAGAGAGAUUGGAUGUGUAAUUGCUGGGCCUACAGCUGUCUUGAUUAUGACUUUAGUUGCUGCUAUAAAUUGGCAGAUUGAUAACAGGAGAGGGACGAGGACUGAAGAAAACGGAUUGAGACUUUUUUGGGAAUUGAUAGCUUCUCCUCUUCUUUUUCUUCUAUUUGGAUCUCUUCUUGAUUUUACUUCAAUUUUUUCCUCAGCAAAACUUCUCGAUGCCUUCCUAUUUUUACUUCUUUCCUUGUUAGUCCGCCUAGCUACAGGACUAGCCUGUACAUUUUGUUGUUCAACAGGACAGAGAAGAACCCCUUCAGAACGCCUAUUUAUUUCAUUAGCGAUUUUACCUAAAGGAAGCUUACAAUUAAUUAUUGCCCCAGCAAUUUUAUGUUUUCAUAUGAGGGGGACUGGAAGAGAAAGUGUUGAAAGUGGUGGGAUUUUGCUUUCUCUAGAAACAAUUUUAUUGGCUCUCCUUUUUUGCUCUCCCAUUGGAGAAAUGUUACUUCGUCUUCUCGGACCUCUACUUCUCCGUCGGAGGCUAAUUCCAAAUGCUUGUGUUGUGCCGUUGGGUGAACCAUACAAAAAAGGAGGAUUGAUGGUUGCACAUUCAGAUCCAUGGGAUAAUCGACUGAGGCUCGAACUCGGACCUAUCGACCCAGCAGAUCCUCAAAUUCACAAACACACUGCCUAUCCAUUGGAAGGGACAAAUAAACUUGAUAAUGAUUCAAAGCCUUAA